ACUGUGUGAUUUGGCUAGUCUCUUCCUCACCUUAAUUCCUAAGUGACUACGCUUUACAGUAUUGUGACAUCUCGAGAAACUGGUCUAUGCUCGCAUACAAUUAUCAAGUCAUUUGGGUGUUCCUCGGACAACUUUGGCAUGAUUCCGUGUUUCAUAAUCAUUUUAGGUUUGGAGAGGGUUGCUAGUUGAGACUAUUAUUACAGUUGGAGCAAAGGCCUUUGUUUUUAUCAUUUGUAAAGGAGCAUUCAUUCACAACGUUUAAAGUCCAUGCACGACAAAAGAAAGACAAAAAUGCUGUAAAUCUAAGGAAGUUGUUAAAUGAAAGUGUUCUUAAGAAGACCUUUCAUAGUGUUUUUGGAACUGGAACAAGUUAGUUUGUGACAAGAUUUCUUGUAGCCCAAGCUGGCCCCAAACUCUCCAUCCUACUGUCUCUGCCUCCUGAGUGCUGGCUGGGAUUAUGACCAUGUGCCCUGACUCUGAGUGCGCCACCCCCUCCCCCACUCUUUUGUAAUUUUCCAAAGGCUUUGGGAUAAAGUCCAUUUUAAACAUGUUAUACUCUUUGGGAUAAAAUCCAUUUUAAACAUGUUAUACUUUAUACACUGUUUUGUGAGACUCCUGCCAUGUAUUCUUAAAAGAAAAAUGCAUGUGCUUGUGUGGAGGUCAAGGAUGACUUGAUAAAGUCUGUCCUCUCUUUCCAACUUGGUGUGGAUUCCAGGUGUCUGAGGCUUUGGCAGCAAGCUCCUUUACUCUCUGGGUCAUCUUUAGGGUGAAUGAAGGAAGAAAUGGAAAGGACAUGACUUCUAGCAAGAAGGCUCCCUUUGCGCUCAGCAUUGCUUGAAUAACCUCUUACAAGGAGAGUAUUUUAGCCCCGUGGAGCUGUCCUCAAUUGCACACCAGCUGGAUGAAGAGGAGAGGCUGCGGAUGGCGGAAGGAGGGGUCACCAGCGAAGACUACCGCACAUUUUUACAGCAGCCUUCUGGAAAUAUGGACGACAGCGGCUUUUUCUCUAUUCAAAGUCCCUAUUCUCUAGCAUUUCCACCCAGGACUUCGCUUGUUCACCUUGGGAGGCCCAGUGGGCCUGAGCUGAGAGCAGAGGUUAUAAGCAAUGCCUUGAAAGUUUGGGGUUUAGAACUAAUCCUAUUCAACAGUCCAGAGUACCAGAGGCUCAGAAUCGAUCCUAUAAAUGAAAGAUCCUUUAUAUGCAAUUAUAAAGAACACUGGUUUACAGUUAGAAAAUUAGGAAAACAGUGGUUUAACUUGAAUUCUUUGUUGACUGGUCCAGAGCUAAUAUCAGAUACAUACCUCGCACUGUUCUUGGCUCAGUUACAGCAAGAAGGUUAUUCUAUAUUUGUUGUUAAGGGUGAUCUGCCAGAUUGUGAAGCUGACCAACUUUUACAGAUGAUCAAGGUCCAACAGAUGCAUCGACCAAAACUUAUUGGAGAAGAACUCGCACAUCUGAAAGAGCAGAGCGCCCUCAAAGCAGAUCUGGAGCGAGUCUUAGAGGCGGCUGACGGGCCGGGAAUGUUUGAUGAUGAUGAGGACGAUUUACAGAGGGCUCUGGCCAUGAGUCGCCAGGAAAUCGACAUGGAGGACGAAGAAGCCGAUCUCCGCAGGGCCAUUCAGCUCAGUAUGCAAGGUAGUUCCAGAGGUAUGUGUGAAGAUAGUCCGCAGACAUCAAGCACAGAUCUUUCUUCAGAAGAGCUGCGGAAGAGGAGAGAAGCCUACUUUGAAAAGCAACAGCAUCAGCAACAGGAAGCAGACCGACCUGGAUACCUUUCAUACCCAUGUGAAAGACCCACCACAAGUUCAGGAGGACUCCGGAGCAACCAAGCAGGCAAUGCUAUGAGUGAAGAGGACGUGCUUCGGGCAACUGUGACUGUGUCUUUAGAAACUGCUAAAGACAGUUUGAAAGCAGAAAGAAAAAAAUAGUCCCUUUAAAAAUCAUUUUGCCACCAUGCUUUGUAACAUUGUUUGUGUGAUCACAGUGUAAGGUCCACUUUGGCAGCAGUGUGUUCACCGGAAGGCAGCAGACACUGCAUGGUUUGUAAGCAGAAAGGGCAGAAGCGUCCUAGGACUAAAGAACCACGAGAUGCUAGCCAAAGAGGCAGUCAGCAAUGAAAGAAACAACGUAGUUUUCUAAAUGUCCCUCCUUGUUUUUCAAAUGUGCAAUAUCUGACUGAAAUUAUGGAAUUUUCCUUGGCUCUUUUGGACCAACUCGUUAGCUCUUGCCACAGAACUUGAUCCUGUAGAGUUCCGUCUUCUCUCUGCAUUGGAGCUGGCUUGGCUUGUUUGGGCUUUUCUUCAUUUCACACCAACCUUUUGUGAAAUAUCGUUUGUAUGUCUUGCUAUGGAAAGAUCAGUCUGUCUUUUCGUGUAUGUGUCAGGCACAUGGAUGCUUCCUGGUGUUAUUUUCUCUGGUUUUGGUUAUUUUCCUGCAAGUCUAACAUGGUGAUCUGUUGGUUUUAAAGCCUUUUUUAGUGGGAUCAUUAUUUAACUCUGGUGCAUUCCUCUACUCUAAAGUCAGCCCUGUUCUUCUAAACGAGCUGAGGUUUUUUGUGAGCACGUGCUUUCUCGAUGCCCUGCGAAGGAUUUCAGCUGUGUCCUGGCUGACUUAUUUCCUUUCUUUUCCAGUUGAGAAAGGAGAGACAGAGGAUACAAAUAUAUUUCCUUCUACUUAACGUUCUCCAUGAAUGUACCACAGGAGAACCCGCCCUUCAGUGCUGGUGGUGGGUUCGUUCCAGUGUUUCUUCUGUGUCAAGAGCUUAGUGUUCUGUAUAUGAUUAAGUCCUGGAAAAUAGGUGCCUGCUUCACUUUUUAAUUUUUAAAAAUAAAUUUUUUUUUAUUUUAGUAGAAAAUAGGCUGCUAGGAUGAUGGUCUAGGAUGUGAAAGUAAUUUACUAAUGAAAAUAUAUUUAAAUAUACUGUGGUUGACCCUUGCUACCAUGUUAAAAUUGUUAAGAAUUACAGAAGUCACAAUACUUAAAGGAUCUGUUUGUAAAUACGAAAGUCCUUAGUUUUGAUAAACAUUAAGUGAGAUGCACAUCUGGUCUUGCUGGGUCAAUGCUUUGGUAUGAUUUGGGUGGAAAUUAACUAUGUGUGUUUGUCCUGGGUGUCAUAGAUCCUGAUACUGUUUUCCCCUCCCUACCCUUUUUGAAGCCCCUUUGAAUGUUAACUUGUACAUAGGUAAAAUCAAGAAGAAAUUUUAGCCAACAGCUUAGUAAGGUGAAGCAUGGUAUAUUGCUCUACUGAUGUGUGUUCUGCACACGUUUUUAUCAGGGAAAGUUUUUGAUGUAGGAUUUAUUGCUAUCUAACUGAAAAUGAUACAAAUAUUUUUAUUUAUGAUUAUGAAAUAGCUUUCUCUUGGAUAGGAUGGAUUGUUUUGUUUGGCUGUGCUAGGGAUUGAACCCAGAGCCUCGUGUGUGCUAGGUAAGCGCUCUACCUCUGAGCUAGAUCCCCAGAUCCAAAACAUGUGUUUCUCUUUUGUUUGUUUUUUUUCUUAGCCAUUUUGUGCCAAUUACAGUUUCUCUUUUUGAAAUUUGCCUCAUGAAAAAUUAGACAGUCCUAUUUUCAAAUCUAUGAAGUUUUCUUUUAGUAAUUGCAAAGGUUCAGAAUUAUGCAGCUGUAGGCUGUUGGGUUAGGCCUUUGCUUACAGUGGAUUUUUACACUGAAGUAUGCAGCUACCCCAAGUGUGCUGGUCACAUGUCGAGCAUUGACCCUUUCCUUUACCCUUUGAAAAACCACAUUACACUUUCCGCACACUCAGAUUGAUGUGCUGCCUGACAGCCAUUUCAGUUUUAACUUCAGAGUUUAUAAAACGUUCAUGUAACACACCCUACGUAAAUCAUGUAUGAAAUACAGCAUGUUGAUCUUUUAUUAGAAAUGUUUUAAAGAGAAACUGAGUGUACACUGAAUAUAUUUGAGUGCAUUUUUUAAGUUUGUUAUAAAUUGUGGUAUUUGUCCAGGCAAAUCCAAAAUCACCAUUGAACUGCCAUCCCUUCUAUUGACCUAGGCUUACCUAAACAUUUAGAUUCAUUAUUAAUGAGUAGGCAGCAUGAAAAGAUGCCAAUGCUUAUUAUAACCACAGUAUCCAAAGUGUAAGAGUUGUAUGACAUUCACGUCCGUACACAGGAGCUGCUGUUUACAGUACUGCAGGAUAGAUGGGCCAGGGACUCCGCUGUCAUGGUCCUGUUAUGGACUUAACUGACAUUUCCAUUCUGUUUUUACCAAUUGGAAUACUUUAAUGUUUAAUAUUUAAACUACUGAUACCAUUUUUCUAAUGUGUAACUUAUACUACCAAAUAAAAUAUGUACAGCCAGAAUGCUAGUGUUAGAACCAAGAGUAGGAACCCUCUGGAGACCAGGCAUGGUGCUACAUGCCUUCAAUCCCCGUGCCUGGGAGUCAGAGGCAGGCAGAUUGCUUUUUGAGUUCAAAGCCAGUCUAGUCUACAGAGUAAGUUCCAAACUUGCUGCAGCUGCAUAGUAGGACUCUGUCUUUAAAACAAAACAAAACACAACACAACACAACACAACAAAAACCUUUGGGACAUUUCAUUGAUUAGAUGGUUUGAUACAGUCAGUGCAGGUGAACUCCACGGUGAAGUUUUAAAUGUUGGCCAAAUAAUUUACACUUCACAGACUAUCUGAGGCGGUGCUUUUUUUUUUUUCCUGAAAACUUGAUUUUUCUUGAUGAAGCCAAAGUUAAUGAGGAUGAAUUCUCAAAAGGAGUAGUCUGCAUUGCUUUAUUUAAUAUCAGGUUGAGUAAAAUAAGUUUUAUUCAUGUCAGAGUCUAAGCCACAGAUUUUGAAUACCUGAAUGUUUGGUACUAUUUAAAUCAUGCCAGUGCCAAGAAUUACUAAGUUCUUAGAACUGGCCCCUGUGCCAUGCCUGAGUCCAGAUUGGGCAGUGCAGAACCCAGAUGUGCUAUCCGAGAGUCUGAAGCUGGGGAGUCUGAUGUUUUAGUCAGGAAGAGGCUUCAGUUAAUACCGAAACCUCCAGAGACAGGUUAUUGUCAGGCAGUGCCAUGUGCUCAGUGGUAGAGCAGCCACCUAGAGGCCCAGGCCUUGUGCUCAGUCCCUAACACUGCAAAAGAAGAACAGGGGCUCACAGUGAAUCCACGUUCAGAGAGGCCUUACAGGGAGUAUUUUCCAAGGGAGUUGUUUGUUGUAGUUUAGUCCUAACAAGUGUAGAGCUGUAAUAGGUGACCUUAAGAAAAACCAGGUGGCAUCAGCUAAUCAGUACAGAGUUUUUUGGUUUUCAUAUUUAGAAACUCUCCCUUUAUUCCUAAUUCGUUUAUAAUUAAAGACAAGAAUUGGUUUUGUAUUUUUCAAAGUUUUAUGCAUAAUAAAAUGUUUUGUUGUAGUCUUUCAGGAAUGAAAAGGAUAUUGACUUUUUUUUUAAAAUUUGAGGUGUGUGUGUGUGUGUGUGUGUGCGCACAUGUGUGUGUGUGCAAGCACCUAAAAUGGGUCUGUCAUUUUAAGAAUUAGCACAAAAAAUAUAGUCCCUGUUAUGGAGGUUUAAUAAUACCAGUACACAUUGUAAGUGCAGUCCUAGGUGAGGCACUAGUGAGAAGUGUGUGGAAAAUGCAGUUACCUAGGUAGGACUCACUUGUCUCUUAAGUAGUUUAAAGGUAGUAUGUUUCCUGGAAUUUUUUAAUGUUUUUUUUUCUUUUUUUUGAGGAAGAUAGACAUUUGAAAUGUGAUUAUCUAAUUUCUAUAACACUGGACUAAUAGGAAUAACUUUUUAAAAAAUGACUGUUCUGUAUAGAUAAAAUAUAUUGAACUCAAGUGCAAAAGCCAUGAGAUUAAAGGCAUUGUCUUCUGGUCAAUAUGAUGCACUGUAGCGGAGCAGUUCCUCAGGACACAACUCUGCAGCCCUUCCUCCUGUGCCUCAAGUUGAUGGCUGCCACUCCACAGGUCUUCCGUCUGUCUGCUCCUUUGAAAGCUGGGCUUCCAAAGCACUGUUGAACACUGAGGGUCCUGUUGAUAUUAAUGAGUUGUAUUUUAAAUAUCAGAGAUUAUUAAAUAAAGAGAAUGAUUUUCUAUUAA